AUGGAACAUGGUGGGCGCAUGCAGGCUCAGUGGCAGCCUCAGCAAAACCCCGCUACACCCUGGCUUGUGAGGAGACCCUCCCCAGAGCCCGAAGCAGUCAUCUGGUACAACUCCCUCCUCGGGAGCCCGAAGUGCAGUGGGGCUUUGCUGCAACUCUCCCGCCUAACAGCUGACGCAGGAAAAGAAUCCUCCCUCUCUGUCAGCUCUGCAAACAGCCCUGCUCCUCCUGCUUGCUUGCUUGAGCUGGGUCUCUCCUGCUUGCUCAAGAGGAAGAAGCACUUUUUCAUGCCUUUAAAGCCCCCUUUGCUGCAUUCUGCCUGCUUGUGA